AUGGGUAUGAUGGGAGAGUUAAACUUCUUCCUUGGUUUGCAAAUCAAGCAAACCGAAGAAGGAAUCAUGAUUCAUCAACAAAAGUAUAUCAAGGAACUGAUUAAGAAGUACAAGAUGGACAAUGUUGAAACCAAUAAGAAUCUUAUGGGCUUAUGUGCCAGAUCUCAAGCAAACCCAAAGGAGUCCCACUUGAAAGUAGUAAAGAGAAUCCUUAGAUAUUUGAAAGGAACUGAUGAUUUGAGUCUCUUUUAUCCUAGAAGUGAUUCUUUUUAUUUAAAUGGCGCAGUUAAGAGAAUCCUUAGAUAUUUGAAAGGAACUGAUGAUUUGAGUCUCUUCUAUCCUAGAUGUGAUUCUUUUGAUUUAAAUGGCUUUACUGAUGCUGACUAUGAAGGUGAUUUGGUUAAUAGAAAAAGCACUUCAGGUAUGGCACAGUUUUUAGGUUCCUGUUUAGUUUCUUGGAGUUCCAAGAAGCAAAAAACAGUUGCAUUAUCUACAGUUGAAGCUGAGUAUGUGGCAGCAGCUGCAUGUUGUUCACAAGUUCUUUGGAUAAAACAACAGGUUAGAGAUUUUGGUAUUAUUUUUUAA